AUGUCCGAAGAGAGUGCUGAUGCUCUAUUCGUUGGCACCCUUGAUCGCCUAACAGCUGAGCAUCCCCAUACCGAUGACCCAAGAUUCGCGUUCCAAUCUAACCAAUGGAACAACUGUGAGCUUCGUUUCACACAGUUUUGCCGUUGCACUCGUGAGCUCGGCGAGGACGACCCAAGAUGCAAAUAUCAAUACUAUCGGGCCCAGACGGUUUGCCAUGAGUUCCUUCUCGAAGACUGGAUGGAACACAGGCAUCGCGGUACCUGUGAUCUCGACAUUAUGCCCGAUCGCCAGGUCAUCCAUAUGAGGCAGUAA